UUUUCUCAGAGUCCAUGGACCUCUACUUUGCGGGCAUAGAAACGCAAAACGAAAAAGCUAUAUUUAUCAUGUCUGUACCGAUUUUUUUAUAGUACUCGAGAAUAAACGUGUAAAGUAGAAGACGCUUGUUUCCGACUGUAGAUCGCAGAUGCGUCAUUUGUGAACGUCACCAUACAACAUUUUCGUCUUUAUUCCAACACUCUAAUCAGAGCUUCCACUGCUCAAGCACGACACCCUUCGUCUUUUCCAUCACACACAAAAAACCUGAAGUAGCAGUACAUACAAAAACAAGCACCAUGGUUCGCCUAGUUUCCCUCUUCUUCGCUGCAGUGCUAGAAGUCGAGACGACGCCAAAGUGCGUUCGCGCCGCCGGCGUAGUUUCUCUUCCGACUUCUAAUUCCGCUGCAGAUAAAAGAACCAAGAAACCGUCCGUGAUAUCUUUGGGCGAGGAGGACGAAAACGGCCCCGGGAGCUCCGGUGAGGAGGGUCCGAGACGCACAACGCGCAGGCAGUGUUCGGAUGACACGAGCGCACCCAGUUUGUCCUCGUGGCCGGAGGACCAGGCGGAGCGCGAGACGGGGGACGUAGAGAUGAACAAUCCUCCGUGGGACGAGUGGAUGGGUGUGAACGAAGAUCGUACUGUUGUCCGGAAUGCACUUUUUAGAGGGUCGUGGAAAGGACCC